UGCAAGCGCAAGAACCUUGACCUCCUCAUUAUUAUUCUCCGCCUUGAAGUUCAUUGAAAAGCGACAUUGUUUCUUUAAGAUUGCACUUGCAGUCAUCAGCGGGUCUGUCCAUUGUUGGGGGGAACAGAAGGCGAGUUUGAGGUUGAUAUACGGGGGCAGAAGACCAGUUGCGCAUAUCAUCAGUGGAGCAGCUGCGGUGCAGGCAGCAGUAGCGGACACGACCUGAACGCAUCCUUCCAGACAUGGGUUGCUAUGACUGCUGUAUGCGCUGUUUGGGUGGGGUGCCAUACUGCUCCCUGGUCGCCACACUGCUAUGUUUCUCCGGCAUUGCCCUCUUCUGUGGUUGUGGGCACCAGGCACUCACAGAGACAGAGAGACUCAUCGAGACGUACUUUGCCCGUAACCUCCAGGACUACAUCACCCUUGCCUACAUCAUCCAAUAUUUCCAGUAUUUCAUCUACGGUUUGGCCUCCUUUUUCUUCCUCUACUGCAUCGUGCUGUUGGCUGAGGGCUUCUACACCACAAGCGCUGCCAAGCAAACCUUUGGAGAGUUCAGGAGCACCAUGUGUGGCCGCUGCCUCAGUUCCUCGUUUAUAGUGAUGACAUACAUACUAGCUGUGCUGUGGCUGUUGGUGUUUGCCUUCUCGGCCCUGCCUGUCUACUUCUUCUACAACAUGGAUGCCACCUGCCACACCAUCGAUGUUCUGACCGAGACGCCAGCGAGUAUCAACCAGCUCUGUGUCGAUGCAAGGCAAUACGGGCUCCUGCCAUGGAAUGCAGUUCCAGGGAAAGCUUGUGGUAUGACUCUGUCCAAUGUUUGCAAGACCAGAGAAUACCGAAUGACCUAUGACCUCUACAUUGCUGCCUUUGCUGGAGCGGGCAUCACUCUGUUGGCUCUGCUGACCUACACUGUGUCAACCACCUAUAACUUUGCGGUUCUUCGGUAUCUGGGGAGAAAGGGCAUAGGUGCACGGUGUUAGGCUCACCAGCUUCCUGUCUUCUCUAUCGCUACUCCACCACCAACAUGGGGACGGCAACAAUUCUCUCCUUCCACAUCAUCUUCAAAGAACCACUUGUGUCCACGGACUCUUUAAAAAUAAUGUCUUUUAUAUUUUUACUUGUUGGGGAGAAUGGUAUUUUUAGUUUUUCCUUUUCUUUAUGUUAUUUGUAUUAUGCGUGUGAGGAUUGUCUACUGCUUUUACAUGCAGUUAUCCUUAUUUCAAUAUUUCCUAUGCCAUGUCACCAAAAUAUUUUGUAAAUUAUUGUUCUUGUUGCUUGCUGAAGUUAGUGUCCUAAAAUUGAUUUCUGCUUCCUGUUGCGUUCAAAAUACAAAAAACACAUCACUAAUCAAUUAACAUAUGAAAGAAAUAACUACCAAUUUGCAAUACAUGUGCUGCUAGAAUGCAGCUGUUGCAGAGAAUAGGGAUUAUAGGUUACCAUGGCUACCAUCCUUCACAUCUGGUUGCCAUGGUGGCAGACAAGCAUGCAUUUGCAGUCUCACGCUGACCUCAGGACUUUUCUCACGGGCUGGAGAAAAGCCUCAACAAUGGAGUCAUGCCUGUAUUGAAAGCUAGCCAAUGAGGAGCCAUUUUUGGGGGCCACCUGCGCUACAAGUCCGUGCCAAGGGUUAGAUUACAUGUCAAGGGAGAGGGUCCUCCGGACAAAGAGAGGGUUAGACCUCUCUAAAGCCUCAAUGCAGCUCUUCUGGGAUAGCGCGCACACACACACACACACAC